GGUCCGGCCCGCUCCUCACAUCUGAUCAGGUGCCGGGGGGCCCAGUCAGGUCCGGUCCUGGAGGUCCGGCCCGGUCCGGCCCGCUCAGAGCAGGUCAGGUCCCGGGGGUCCGGUCUGGUCUGAUCCCGGGGGUCCGGUCCGGUCUGGUCCCAGAGGUCCGGCCUUGUCCGGCCCGCUCAGGUCAGGUCCCGGGGGUCCGGCCCGGUUUGGCCCUGUCAGAUCAGGUCCAGGGGUCCGGUCCGGCCCACUCAGAUCAGGUCAGGUCCUGGGGGUCCGGUCCGGUCUGGUCCCGGGGGUCCGGUCCAGUCUGGUCCCAGGGAUUCGGCUCGGUUUGGCCCGAGAUUAGGUCAGGUCCCGGGGGUCCAGUCCAGUCUGUUCCCGGGGAUUCGGCUCGGUUUGGCCCGCUCAGGUCAGGUCCCGGGGGUCCGGUCCGGUUUGGUCCCGGAGGUCCGGCCCGGUUUGGCCCUGUCACGUCAGGUCCAGGGGUCCGGUCCGGUCCACUCAGAUCAGGUCAGGUCCCGGGGGUCCGGUCCGGUCUGGUCCCGGGGGUCCGGUCUGGUCUAGUCCCAGAGGUCCGGUCCGGUCUGGUCCCGGAGGUCCGGCCCGGUUUGGCUCUGUCACAUCAGGUCCAGGGGUCCGGUCCGGCCCACUCAGAUCAGGUCAGGUCCUGGGGGUCCGGUCCGGUCUGGUCCCGGGGGUCCGGUCCGGUCUAGUCCUAGAGGUCCGGUCCUGUCCGGCCCGGUCAGGUCAGGUCCCGGGGGGGGGCGGUUCUGUCUGGUCCCAGAGGUCCGGCCUUGUCCGGCCCGCUCAGAUUAGGUCCCGGGGGUCCGGUCCGGUCUGGUCCCAGAGGUCCGGCCUUGUCCGGCCCGCUCAGGUCAGGUCCCGGGGGUCCGGUCCGGUCUGACCCCUGGGGUUCGGUCCGGCCUGGUCCCGGGGGUCCGGUCAGGUCAGGUCCCGGGGUCCGGCCUUGUCCGGCCCGCUCAGGUCAGGUCCCGGGGGUCCGGUCCGGUCCGGUGAGGUCCGGGGGGUCAGUCCAUCGGGGCGAUGCUGCUGCGUUUCGGCGUGGUGGUCAGCCCGUCGUUUGGGGCCUGUCCGGAGCUGUGGGUGGUGGGCUCCCGGCCGGAGCUGGGCCGCUGGGAGCCCAGCGGGGCAGUGGCCUUGGAGCGGGCCGGACAGGGGCCCGGCCAGGGGCCCGGACUGUGGCUCGGAGAGGUGCGGCUAGCGGCCGGACCCACGGGCGAUCACCACCGGGAUCAGGACCAGCAUCCGCAGCAGGGGCAGGACCCCCCCUCUUGGGACACUUUCUGGUACAAGUUCCUGAAACGCGAGCCCGGCGGAGACCUUACCUGGGAGGGCAAUGGACCUCACCAUGAUCGCUGCUGUACUUUCGAUGAAAAAAACGUGGUGGAUGGUGUGUACUGUGUCCCAGUAGGACACUGGAUCGAGGCUUCGGGACACACUGAUGAGAUGAAGCACACAACUUGCUUCUAUUUCAGCAUCGCAGGCCAUCAAACCAUGCAUUAUUCAAGAAUUCUCCCAAACAUCUGGUUGGGAAGCUGUCCUCGGCAGGUCGAACAUGUAACCAUCAAGCUAAAACACGAGUUGGGGAUAACAGCUGUGAUGAACUUCCAGACUGAAUGGGAUGUAGUUCAAAAUUCAUCAGGCUGCAACCGCUAUCCAGAACCCAUGGCCCCCGAGACCAUGAUCAGGCUGUAUAAGGAAGAAGGCCUGGCCUAUAUAUGGAUGCCUACACCCGAUAUGUGUACAGAAGGUAGAGUACAGAUGUUGCCUCAGGCUGUCCACCUUCUGCAUGGACUACUGAGGAAUGGACACACUGUCUAUGUUCACUGCAAUGCUGGGGUCGGCAGAUCAACCGCUGCUGUGUGUGGCUGGCUGAGGUACGUCAAGGGCUGGAAUAUGAGGAAAGUGCAGUACUUCGUGAUGGCCAAAAGACCCGCUGUAUACAUCGAUGAAGAAGCACUGGAUCGUGCAGAGGAAGAUUUUUAUCAGAAAUUUGGGAAGGUUCAUACUUCUCUCUGCUGUUUCUAGGUGACGUUUUACCUUCACACACCUCUCCAUGAAGAAACAAUAAUGAAGAGUCUAUCUGCAUGAGGCAGGGUUUUAUUUUGUGAUAUGUGAUUUUUGCUCUUAGAAUAGAUUGGUUUGGGAUGCUUUAGAAAAUAACUAGUGAGAAAAGCCAAAGGGCACUGGCCUGGGCAGUUCUAAGGCACAGAGAUUGACCACAUUGGUGUCAGGAGGGAAAGGAGUGACUUCCAUGUACCCAUUCUGUAAAACCUUUGAGGCUGAAUUUUACUGUGGUAUGGGUCUUAACUACUUGCCAUACAGGAGGGAAGAAAUUAGUUAUGCAGAUGGUGUCUUUUCUGAAAGCGAGCUGUUGCCAUCCUGAAAUAGGCUGAAUCAUUCCAAAAGCUGUUGGCCUGCUGGUGCUGUUUGGGCUGGGUAGACAGUUUCGGAAGGGCUCAGGCUCAAGCUUGCAGACCAGGCUCUGCACCAGCUCCUACAGUUUAGCAGAGCAGCAUUCUAAACUGUUUCUAAAGGCGUUUAGAACUGCUUUCUGACCCUUUAGGUGCCUCGAAGCCUGCCUGGCCUUUCUACAGGGCCAUUCGAGGCCCCAUCCUGGAUUCCAAGCACUUUAUCAUAUCCCUCCUUAACUGCUGCAUCUGUCUCCUCGCUGAUCUCCCUGCCUCCUCUCUCCCUUCUCCAGCCCAUAUUUCACUCUGCUGC